AUGCAACUUCCAAAAUAUGUGAAUAAACCAUUUAAGCCACCAAGGAGUAUUGGUAGUAGUUCAUCAAGUUCAACACCGUCUCCAAAGCCAUCGGUACUUAAAAGAUCUGUACCUUCUAUAGAUUCGGUUUCCUCUUUAAAGAAGCCUAAAUCAAAUGAUUGCGUUUCAGAACCAUGCAAACAUGCACCAUCCAGUGCAAAAUUUAAUGAUGAUAUAAAGCAUGUGUUUACCGCCAUGUACAGGAAAUCCACUAUGAAGAAGCAUAAGACAUGGACUGGGGACGGAUAUGCCCUUUAUAAGAUCACAAAUAAGGUAUUGUUUUAUGAUGAUGGUGGAAAAUAUUUGGCUAGCACCACUUAUUCUGAGGAUAUUGACUCUAUAUAUGGUAACAUUUUUAAAUAUGGUUCUUUGGAAUUUCAGAUCGAUUAUGAAAUAAAGGAUAAAGAUGAAAUAUCGAAAACGUAUUCUGCAAUUAAUAACAGCCGUGGUAAGGCUGUUGAGAAUAGCAAAUCAAAACCAGUGAAAAGAGAUGAAACGCCAAUGAAAGACAAUUAUAUGCCAUUAUCUCAACUUUUUACCGCUAAGAUUAAACCAAAGUCAAAAUUCCAAAACCCAGCCUUAAAAACAGAAAUUAAGCAUCAGACUAAUAGUUUAGAUAGUAAUUCUAAAGCUGGUACAGUGGAGAGGAAAUAUCUACCUGUAUUUGACGUUACAAAGAUUGAAUCGCCUAUAAUUAUGAAUAAAGCGUCGGAUGCUGAAGUAGACGUAAUAAUUGAUCCAUUAUUAGGUAAAUUUUUACGUGAGCAUCAAAAACAAGGUGUGAAGUUCAUGUACGAUUGUAUAAUUGGUUUUUGUAGACCAGAAGAAAAAAAAGAUACGGAUUGUUCCAAUUCAUUGAUUCUGGAAAAAGAUUAUGACAUUAACGGAUGUCUACUAGCUGAUGAAAUGGGGUUAGGUAAAACGUUAAUGACAAUAACAUUAAUCUGGACACUAUUAAAACAAACAGCCUAUCCGUCUAAAGUUUUAAGAAACCAGUCAGGUAUGGCAUUGCAUGGUGCUUAUAGAAAAUUCAUUGUUGUUUGCCCAGUGACUUUGAUCGAUAAUUGGAAAAAGGAAUUUGCAAAAUGGCUGACAUUGGCUAGAAUUGGGAUUUUAACUUUGAAAUCAAAGAAUAACUCCGAAAAAGAUAAGUUUGAAGUUAAAGGUUUUCUAAGAGUACAACGAACUUACCAAGUUCUUAUAAUCGGGUAUGAAAAGUUACUUUCUGUAUCGGAAGAGCUUCUAUCAGGAAAAGAUAAUAUAGAUAUGUUAAUUUGUGAUGAAGGACAUCGUUUAAAGAAUGGAUCAUCAAAGAUUUUAAACAUAUUAAAGAGCUUGGACGUGAAAUCAAAAAUAUUACUGUCUGGAACUCCUAUACAAAACGAUUUGAAUGAAUUCUUUACAAUAAUC